UUUUAAAAACAAUAUGGCUUCCAAGUAGUUCAAAAAGGUUCGAGUUUGAAAUAAAUAGGAAACAGAGUACAACUGGUAACAAAUAGUCAUUUAUUUUCCUUUAACAAAAUGCAUGGAUUAGCAAUACAAGUAAAUGGGCAGGGUUAUGGCAUGCCACGGCAGUAUGGAACAGGGCUAGGGAAAGAUCAUUUUAGAGAAAAUGUGCGAAGGAUGAGGCAGAUUCAGAGGAUGUCUAAAGAAAAAGAAGCAGAAAGUGUUCAACCUGUUAAGGCUUUGUGGAAAUCUGAGAAAUACAAAGAUAUUUCUUCAAAGAUAAAAGAUGAUAUACAGAAAGUACCCGAUACACCACGGCCACAUUCUGCUGUAUUUCUCCGAGCACACACAAGAUCUGGUCCCUCAGUAAAACUACAAUCAAGGCCUUGUACACCUGAUCCUAAACUUUCAGUACCUCCCGCUAGUAUAGCAAAUGAUGUACAACUUGUGAGACAUGACUUUGAUUUUAUAAAAUUGAAUGGCCGUGCUGUAAAACAUCCUCAUGUUCCUCGAGCACCCAGUCUUACUGCUCUUGAUGACUUGAAGAAAAAGCAAGAAGAUGAAUUUAAGAAACAUAAAAAAGGAGAAGUACCCACAUAUUUGAGAGCCCGAAAAGAUCAGUGGAAGAAGGAGGAGGAAGACAGAAUAGCCAAUACACCAGAUCCUUCAUGUCCUGAAGGCCAUAGAGUAUUACCAGAGGCUGAGAGAAGGGAAACACUAGAUCUACUCAAAAACAAACAACAAGAAUUAAUCAGCAAACUUCAGUCAUUACCCCUGAGAACAGAUACAUUCAGAAUGAGGUCGUGUAAACAAGAACUUGAAAAUAAACUUGCAGAAAUGGAGGAGGCAAUUAAAAUAUUCUCUCGACCAAAAGUGUUUGUGAAAUAGAAAUACUGUACAAGAAAUAAACUACUGAUGAAUUACUAAAGCCGUCACCUGGAAUAAGUAGCAAUUUAACCUGAAGUAUGCAGCCAGAUACUUAUAAGGAUUCAACCUAUUUGUAUACAAACAUAUUCAACCAUCAGCCACUCCUAUCUUGAUGGAUUGAUUCAACUAGACAACUUUCAGUCAUUGGCUACUCAUUGUGAAUAUAUUGAUAGUGAUUACAUAUAUAGCAUUGUAAAGUACAAAAUAUCUUAUUGAUAAUGUUCUUACACUUAAUUCCUGAGACAUCUUAGAUAAGAAAAGGAUUUAUAGAGAUUGGUAUCAUAGUUAUUAGAUUAUUUAUUUCUCGUUGAAAGAGAUACUUAUAUGUAUAUAACUAUAUUGCAUAAUUGUACAUAGGAGAGUAAAUGUGCUACUUGUAUGAGAGUGAAGGUAUAACACAUUCCAAAUGUCUAUGUAUGAUUUAUUGCCAUUAUCAGGUGAAUAACAGCAAUAAGCUCAAUUUACCUCAGUUUCACCAAGAUUGAACACAUGUUGUGAUAUUAUUACAUGUAGUUGUAAAGGUUUUUGACAGGUUAUAUGGCCCAUAUAAAUGGUGUUUGCAUAUAUAACCCAAGCCACUAGACAAGGUCUAUAUUGCAAAAAAUCAUUUAUAUACAGCCAAAUAACCUGACAAGAACCUUUGCAACACAUUUAAAAUACAGCAAACUGCUUUAUUACUUUAUAAAGUGACAGACACUAGAUAAAUCUCACGGUUAUCCAAUGAAAGGCAACAUUUCAAAAUUUAAAAGUACCUGUCAAUUGAAGGAGUGAAAAUAACAUGAUUUUUUUCUCAGAUUUUUUUUUUUAAAUUUGUAGAAAAGGUACUCAUUUGUUCUUAGUAAUUUUUAGAAGGUUUUUUAACGAAAAAUGUGUUUAUAAAACUAUAUACAUAGGUGAAUGUACAAUUAUGAUCUGUUAAUAAGGUCUUGAAAUGUAUACAUGUACUUAUAGACAUCUGUUCACCAUGGGCCCGAGGAUAUACUUUAAUUGAUAGUUGUAUAGGUAUAUGAUCUGGGUUUUUUUAGACUUAUUUUUGUUUUAACCACAAGAGUUUAAUUUUAGCACGUAACAUUUAUGCCUUAAACUACGCUUCUAUUUUGUAAAUUUAUCAUUUUGUUUAUUCAUUAUUAUGUUUGAUAUCAUGUUUUACAAAUUGUUACCAGCACACACAAACACUUCAAGUAUUUUGGUCAGCACCUUUGAUGUGAGUAACUGAAACGUAUCUAAGUUACUUUGGAAUUGAUUGUCAAUAGCUAUUCUUCAGUGAAUCUUUUAUGUUAUGUUAUUUAGUUAAAACACAGUACAAUAUCUAGCAUCCUCAGUCCAGUUAAUAUUUCAUCAGAUAUCUACAGAAUGAGGUAGAAUUUUUCUGUAUAAACUGAUAAACAAACCAGCCAAAAAAGUCCUCAAAAAUACACAUAAAAGUUGCUUUAAAGCCAGGAAACCUGAAAAUUAAAUCAUAAGAGCUAAAUCUGAUUUAUUUAUGCAAACCGUUAUAACAUUUUCAUACCAAAGGAUCAGUUUCAGUAUUUAAAGAUACAUAUUUUUUAUUUUCAAUUCUUUGUAGAUAUAGAAGAUUUAAACAGAGCUCAUUUGCUUUAAGGCAGAUAUAUAAUUUUACAAUCCUUUGUCUUUGAUUUUCAUUCUGAGAUUGUUAACAUUACUGCCUUGACAAUGAUAGACUAAGCUAUGGAUUAUUUUAUUCAAUACAUUCAAGGCUGACAUUUUAAGUAUAGAAUUUUAAUACAUAUGCCAUCGGAAAUGUCAUCACUGUUCAACAGUUUGCAUAUUACAAUGUUAAUACAGUAGAUACAUUAUCUUAUUGCUUCGGCAUAAAAUAUGGCAUGGUAAUAACUAAGCCAAUAGCUUUUGUGAUAAUAUAACUGAGUAUCAUACUUGAAACUUUUAAUAAGUUUAGCAGCUUGUUGAAGUAAAAUUAGAUAUUAGAUUUGUUACAGUGCCUGAUAUUCUUUUUUAUAUAUAAAAAUCAUGUUUUAUUCUCUUUUUGUUUCAGUUAGAUAUCAGAUAAAAUAUAGGAACAUAAUUAUAUUUAAGUAAAAUAUAAAAUUAU